UAACUAUUCUCUCAAGAUAUCCGAUCCUACCCCUCUCUCAUCCUCUCCUCCCAUUAUUCUCCUCCUCUCGGUCAAAAUAAGUUCAUACCACCGGCAAGCCCAUCAGCGCUGUCGGAACACGGCCACUGGAACAUCGCUAGGCGAUGCCAAUUCAUGGCCUGGGACCUGGGUUUCUAUCGUGGUUGAUUCUUCGAGGCAUGUUGACUGUGGGGUGCGAUUCACUCCGAUGUUGGUUGAAUGUGGGAUGGGGUUCUUCCGUGGUUUCUAUGAUUUGUGAAAUAUGGUUCUAAAAUCUGGAUGGGGGGUUUCUCUGUUCCUUUUCUUUUGAUGACGAAAAAUCUGGGCAGGUAUAGAUCUUGUGUUUGUCCGAUUUGUCGCUUCGAAUUCUGUUCAAAUGGUUCGAUUGAAGUUUCUCUUUGACAAUUAUUUUUCUUCUUCAUUUUCUUGCUGCUGAAAAAUACAGCAGAGGUGUUUCUAUUGUUUACCAAUUUUUCUCUUUUAUUUUUUUUUCAUUCAAAUGGUUCAAAUGAAUUUUUUCUUUGAUUCUCUAAGGCAUUGAUGGUUCGUGAUCUAAGCAUAUUUGAUUUCCAAAAAAAUUGCUCUUCAAAUGAUUCUAGAUUCUCAAAAAAUUGCUCUUCAAAUGAUUCUAGAUUCUCAGGUUGCGUUGUUUCUUUAGGUAAUUUCUCUCGUUUGAAACUUGAAAGAGCUAAUUACUUAGAACUACUCAUUUUUAAAGAUGGGCAAUUGUGUCAUUUCGUGUGCUAUCUAUUACACAAAUUUAGAUAAUUUAUCACCUACCAAACAACCAUUUAAAAAUUUUAUGAACGCAUAUAUUAAUAUAAAGCCCGCAUUACUUAACUUAAUUCACAUAUCUUUUUAUAUCUCACCUUUCUUAUCAAAUGAACCCUAAAUGUGUUGAUAAUGCUUACAUAAGGUAUGUUUUCACUCUAUUUGUAUAUUAUAACUAUAUUAAUCAAUUGUUUCAAAUUUAUCAUCGGAUCAAACCCAUUCCAUUAUUUGGUAACGAAUCAUUCCAAUCUGAUAGCUCACCUCAUCAUAUAUUUUUUUGUACACAAGAAAAAUAAGCAAUUAAAGAUUUAAAGUAGUAGAAUCGGUCCGCAUUUGACUAGAUAUGCCCUUGAUUAGCGGUAAGAGUAUCUUAUUCAUAAAUUAGCUUCGUCAAUAAAUUGCCAUUUGUCCUCUGAUCAUUAACUAUGGUCAGUUCACCAUGUGAUCCCAUGAUUUCUUUUCAUAAAAAAUUAACAGAAAUACUAUCUCUCGUAAUUUAUAUUUUAGUGUUCCAUUAAUGCACCAAUACAACACAUUCACAGUACUUAAAUCUUUUUGUAACUGCGGAAAAAUGGCAAGGAAAACUCCAAUGAAGAUACAAACAAUUUAAAAUCUUACAUAGUUUAAGAUUAUCCAGAUAUACCAUAACAGUUGAAUUAUUAUACAAACACAUAGAGGAAGAAGCAAAAUCUUUUGUUAGCCAUCAAUAAUAAUUUAAUACUAUGAAAUAAAGUAUGGUCAUGGAAAGAGGCCCUACCACUUGUUGGAUUCAAAUGCACUGGUAAAUUAUACUACUACUAAUUCAUUGUCCAUUUGCAAAUAAUAAUAUACUAGUAUCAUGUUCGUGUAUUACAUAAGUAUACACAUUUUGGUAGAAUUUAGAAGAUGAAGAUGUCAACAAUGUAUAGUUAGAAGCAAAAAAACCAAAUCAAAGGUGAGUCCAACACACAUUUCACUCAACCAAUCCUUUCUUCUCCUAUUAUAGACCUACAGAACACAUGUAUAUAUAUAAUACACUUUUGAGUACUAUAAGAAUCCAUCAAUUCAGUGCCUACUUUUCCUCUCUUAUUAAUUGUAAAGAUCUAAAAUUGAGUGAGAUGGGGAAGAGCGGCCGGGAUUGGACGCAGAUCUACGCGAUCUACGGCGUGGAGGAGUGGCAGACGCCGGUGUUCCUCCUCAUGAACGCGGCGGGGUUCGCCGCCCUCUCCGUCAUCUUCCUCCUCUACUUCGAGCCCAUCUGCCUGCUCCUCCAGGGCCACCAUUUCCUCCGUGGGCCCGCGGCGGCCCGCUUUGCGGCCGGGUUCGCGGGCUCCGUCACGGCGCUCUCGGCCGCGUGCCUCCUCUUUGCCGCCGCCAACUUCUUUUACUCUGCUGUGGCGCUCCACUGGGAGAUGUCGCAGCGCGUCGUCUCCUCGGUGCCUGACUGGUCCUCCGUCAGGCACGCCCUUGACCUCGGCUGCGGCCGCGGGAUCCUCCUCAACGCCGUCGCCCUCCAGCUCAAGAAGUCGGGAUCGUCUGGUCGCGUCGUCGGCCUCACCCCGCCCCGGACUGGCGCUCUCGUCCCGAACCACACGCUCAGGACCGCCGGCCUCGAGGGCGUCCAGGAAUAUGUCACUUGCCGGCAGGGAGAUCCGCGGACGCUGCCAUUCAGCGACAGCUACUUCGACGUGGUGGUGUCAGCAGCGUUCGUGCACACGGUGGGGAAGGAAUUCGGGCAGAAGACAGCAGCAGCGGCUGCAGAGAGAAUGAGGGUGCUCGGGGAGGUGGUUCGGGUAUUGAAGGCGGGAGGAGUGGGGGUAGUGUGGGACCUAGUGCACGCGGAGGAGUACGUGCAGAGGCUGAAGGAGCUGAAGAUGGAGGAGAUAACGGUGUCGGUUGGCGUCACGGCGUUUAUGGCCACCAGCCACAUCGUCUCCUUCCGUAAGCCUCCUCACCAUUUUCUUGGCUCAGCUGAAGUUAGGCUUGAUUGGAGAUUCAACUAUAACCAUUCUAUUAAUUAGGAUAUUACUUACUAUACUUUUAGAAAUUAAAGUUAGUUACUCAACUUGUUUGGGGAAAAACUUGAUGAGGAGGCUUCUUCGAAUUGUAAAUUUCAUCCAAUCUUCAUUACUCCCUUUAUACUAUAAUAAAAAUGUUACUACUUCUAUA